AUGCCUGCCACUCUCUCCGGCCAGACAUUGGCUCCAGGCCAGAACCUAUAUGGCAACAUGCACGCCCCAUUUUCCGGACAGCCUCUUGCUCCAAAUCCUAUGGCGAACAUGCAUCUUGAUAAUACCAGUUCCGGACUGGAUAAUCUCGCUGGAGCCUUCGAGAACCUCAACCUCCGCAAUGGAGCCCAGAUGGGACAAGCUAAGCCGAGCAACACGGGAAUGCAAAUGGGCGAGUCAAACAUGACUUCCAUGCUCUACCAGCUCCCAGACGGCACCUACAUGUUUGCUGGCCCCAAUGCUGUUCAAGGCAAUUACCCCCAGUAUCCUGCUCCGUACAACAUGGCCGUGACGCAUCCCACCCAAUAUCAGCAAGCAACUUACCAAGGUAUCCCUUCUACUGGUGCACCAAUCGGGCCACACACGCCUCGAAACUACUCUUGGAUGCCUUCCCAGAAUUUGCCCCAUGUGCCCGACCUUGUAGCGCCUCGCCGUACUUCUUGGUCAUCAACCGAAGAGCUGAGCCCACAGACGCCCGUUGACGGCUAUCAGCCAGCCAUCCUUGUCUCGGGACACUCUCCCAGUGAUUGGAGCACAAACCCUUCACCGCUCUCAGGACAGCUCCCAAACAACCAACAGAUAUGCAGACAGCCGAAUGGCGAGUACGCCAUCGCCGAUUUCUGGGUAUGGACGCAAGCGGAUCCAGCCAUCCCUACCCCAAUCCCUGCAUGGCGAAGCGGGCCUGAUGGUGGGCGCGGUAGCCUCGACAAGAUCCUAGACAAUCGAGAUGGGACAACUAACGUCUACGUUCGUGGUCUCCGCCCUGAUACAACCGACGAAUUGCUUGCGGAUUACGGCCGCCGCUUUGGAGAGAUCGUGAGCCAAAAGGCAAUCAUCGACAUGUCCAAUAACACUUGCAAAGGGUACAGCACGCACAUUCUAUGGUCAAACCCAUGGAGUAUCAAGAAGAACGCUGACAUCGGAUGCAGAUUCGGGUUCAUCAAAUACAACAGCUACUUCGACGCCGAAAACUGCAUUCGUGCGUUCUUCUACCUCGGGUACGAGGCGAAGUUUGCGAGGCAAUCCCACAAUGCACGGCUCAAGGAACUAGCCGAUCCCAAAAAUAACAACUUAUACGUCUCGAAUCUGCCCAGACUUUGGAAUGACAAGGAUUUCGAGAACUUGUUCAAGAACGUGUAUCCGGACUAUCACAUUCUAGAACAGCGGAUUUUGAAGGAUGGGAAUGGCAUCAGCCGUGGGGUUGGGUUUGCUCGGUAUGUACCCAGACCGUUCGUAGCACUUGCACGCUCACAAAAGUCCAGAUUCGAGUCACCGGAGAUCUGCGAACAUGUCAUUCGCACCUUCAACAACAUGACCGUCGGCGAAGGGAAGCAUGCCACCGAAUUGCAGAUUCGCUAUGCCGAUACCGAGAAGCAGAAACAGCUCAAGACUUGUACGGCGGAGAGACGCCAGUUCAAGACGAACGAGUACAAUGAAGCCGUCUACGGACCAGGCUCGCCUUACGGGUUCUACUCUCCCGUCUCGGCUACCUUCCAAAGCCCUGUGCCAGUACGUCCACCUGGGACAAGUGGAGCAUGGAGCAACCAGUCGUCAGCUUCCUCAAUCUCGCCAGCUUAUGUUGGAUAUCCAAACUCAGUACUCAAUGGCCGCCAAGGUACCAACGGGUUGCUUCCCAAUGCCGCGGUCAAGUUCGAAGGCCCAGCUCCAGUGCGUCGCACCACUCACAUCAAGAUCGAGAGUCCCAGUGUUGUAGCCGCAGCCAAGAAAGCAGCUGCCGAGGUCGUCGAGGAUGAAUCGCCUGAUGGCGAAUCAUCCUCGACAUCGGAUGAAGACACCCUAGUCUGCAAAUCUAAAUCCAGCAAGACUUGCAGUGGCACCGGUGGCGACAUCCCCUCGUCGCCAACCAAGUCCAAACUCUGA